CCUCCCGCCCGGGGCGGCAGCAGCAGCGCAGCCACCGCAGCGCCAUCCAUGGGGUCCGGCGUUGGCCGCGGCGCGGGGGCGCGGGCGCUGCCGCUGCUGCUCCUGCUGCUGCCCGCGCCCGCCCUGCCCGAUGUGGAUGAGUGUGCCCUGGGGCUUGAUGACUGCCACCCAGAUGCUAUUUGUCAAAACACCCCGAAGCUGUACAAGUGCAUGUGCAAAGUGGGUUACACUGGCGAAGGGAAGAAAUGUGAAGACAUUGAUGAAUGUGAUAACGACUUCAAUGGAGGCUGCGUCCACGAGUGUUUCAACAUUCCAGGGAAUUACCGCUGUACUUGCUACGAUGGCUUCACGUUGGCUCAUGAUGGCCACAACUGCCUGGAUACAGAUGAAUGCGUGUUCAACAACGGUGGUUGCCAGCAUGUUUGUGUCAACACUGUGGGGAGCUAUGAAUGUCGCUGUAAGGAAGGGUUCUUUCUAAGCGAUAACCAGCAUACAUGCAUCCACCGCUCAGAAGAAGGCAUGAGCUGCAUGAAUAAAGAUCAUGGCUGUGCCCAUAUCUGCAGAGAAACGCCCAAAGGAGGAGUUGCCUGUGAAUGCCGACCAGGAUUUGAACUGUCCAAGAACCAGAGGAGCUGCAUUUUAACAUGUAAUCAUGGAAAUGGUGGCUGUCAACAUACAUGUGAUGAUGCUGAUAAUGGGCCUAUUUGUGGAUGUCACCCCAAGUACAUCAUGCAUGUGGAUGGGAAAACCUGCCUGGAGAGGGAAGAGGCUGCUGUUGAAAUUUCUGAGGGAAACUCUACAGCAGGAGCUGAUGUGGACAAGAGGGUGAAGCGACGGUUGCUUAUGGAAACAUGUGCAGUGAAUAAUGGUGGCUGUGAUCGUACGUGUAAAGAUACAUCAACUGGAGUUCACUGCAGCUGUCCUGUUGGAUUCACGCUCCAGUUUGAUGGGAAGACAUGUAAAGAUGUCGAUGAAUGCCAGUCCAAUAAUGGAGGCUGUGAUCAUUUCUGUAAAAACACUGUUGGCAGUUUUGAUUGCAGCUGCAGAAAAGGAUUUAAAUUAUUAACAGAUGAGAAGUCUUGUCAAGACAUUGAUGAAUGCUCUUUUGAACGGACAUGCGACCAUACGUGCAUCAAUCAUCCAGGUACCUUUGAGUGUACUUGUAACAAAGGAUAUGCUCUCUAUGGCUUCACACACUGUGGAGAUAUUAAUGAAUGUAGCAUCAACAAUGGUGGUUGCCAACAGCUGUGUGUGAACACGCUGGGAGACUAUGAAUGCCUGUGUCACUCUAACUACAAAUUACACUGGAAUAAGAAGGAUUGUGUUGAGACAAAGGGUCCCUUGCCUGAUAAUAUGUCACCCAAGGUGUUGCUGCAGUGCAUUAAGAGUGGCGGGAGUGAUAGAUGCUUCUUAAGCUGCUCUUCGGAUGUCCAGGUAUUUUCUGGAACACAAGAUGCCUACACCCUCACCUGUGGCAGGUCAUCUCAGCUUAAGAAAAAGCAGCAAAAUACAAAUGCAUCCAGCUGGCUGGAUACUUCAGUCAUCAAGAUAAGCGUAACCUUUAAAUUAAAUGAAGGAAAAUGUAGUUUGAAAAAGACUGAGAUGUUUCAAGAAGGUCUGGAACAGAUGAAACCAGAGAGACAUAAUUCAGUAAUGGAGAGCUUCCACUAUGUAAACCUAACGUGCAGCUCUGGCAAGAAAGUUCAUGGACCCCUCGGUAGACUGACAGCGGCUAGAGAAAAUUUUAUAACUGUGGACUUUGAGCUUGAAACAAGCCGAAAGGAGGUGACAGACACAUGUGAUGUGCGUUGUGCUCGCAAAAAGACUGAGAAGAGAUUCCGCAAAACCAUUCGAACCUUACGGAAGACAGUCAGCAGGGACCAGUUCCGCAUUCGUGCCCCUGGCAUGGAUCAUGAAGUGGCCAGGAAGUCUCUCAAGCUAUCAGAGCUGCAGCAGUCUUGUGGCGUAGGACAGAUGCAUGUGGGUAACAGAUGUGACCAGUGUUCACCAGGUGAAUAUUCUUCUGAUGGCUUCAAACCCUGUCUGCCGUGUCCCCUUGGAACAUACCAGCCUGAAGCUGGGAGAGUAUCUUGCUUUCCCUGCGGAGGAGGUCUGACAACAAGACAUAGUAGUGCAUCCUUGUUUCAGGACUGUGAGACCAAAGUUCAGUGUUCGCCUGGCCAUUUUUAUAAUACCACAACUCAUCGAUGUAUUCGCUGCACAGUUGGGACGUACCAGCCUGAGUUUGGACAAAAUUACUGUAUUUCAUGCCCUGGAAACACCACUACUGACUUUGAUGGGUCAACAAAUAUAACACAGUGCAAAAAUAGGCAGUGUGGAGGUGAACUGGGAGAUUACACUGGAUAUAUUGAAUCACCAAACUAUCCUGGGGACUAUCCUGCAAACACUGAAUGCACCUGGAAUAUUAACCCACCGCCAAAGCGCCGUAUUCUGAUUGUGGUUCCAGAAAUAUUUCUACCAAUAGAAGAUGAGUGUGGGGACUAUUUGGUGAUGCGAAAAAGCUCUUCUUCCAACUCAGUGACCACGUAUGAAACCUGUCAAACCUACGAACGCCCUAUAGCUUUCACUUCUAGAUCUAAGAAGUUGUGGAUCCAGUUCAAGUCGAAUGAAGGGAACAGUGCCAAAGGAUUCCAAGUUCCUUAUGUAACGUAUGAUGAGGAUUACCAAGAACUAAUAGAAGACAUUGUUCGGGAUGGUAGACUUUAUGCAUCUGAAAAUCAUCAAGAAAUACUUAAGGACAAGAAACUGAUAAAAGCAUUGUUUGAUGUGUUGGCGCAUCCACAGAACUAUUUCAAGUACACAGCCCAGGAGUCAAGAGAGAUGUUCCCAAGAUCCUUCAUUCGGCUGCUGCGUUCUAAAGUUUCCAGAUUUUUGAGGCCUUACAAAUAGUUGGCACUGUACUUAAAAACUUAACCAGCCCUGGGCAUGCACAGAGGGGUUGUGGUAGGUGGGACUGCUUUCUGUGUUUUACACACUGGCAGAGAAACUCCAGGGAAGCUUGCCAGCUCCCUUCUUGGCAGAGUUUGCCUUUCUCAGCUAAUAUAAAUAUUUUGGUGAACAGAAUUUUGGUUUCUUUCCAGAUAAUACCUUUUGGGUACCACGGAUACUUCAGAGGUCUCUGAAUUAGAGACUGCCCAUAAUUUCUGUACUGAAUGGUGCCAAGCAGAAGUUUGUAGAGCUCUGCCCUGUUGCUUCAUUAGUAACUCUAAAAGCUAAUGAGGCCAGACAUGCUAAGUAGUGUGGUUUGGGAUGAGCUCUGGGCUGCCAUUAAUGCAUUUUACCUCAACAAAGCUGGGUUCAUGUUUGGUCUUGCUGAAAGUGAGAACAGGAUUAAUCUCUCUCUUUGGCUACACAGGAAAUUCACAGCUAAGAUUGAAAUAGUUUUAGUCCAAACCAAUGAGUCCAAGAAUUGCACAAGGUGCAAUUUUUCUCUGAACUCUAUGUUGUAUGAGGCAUACAGAGGAAUAAGGAAAGGGCUGAGUAUUAACUUGAAUGCUCUGGGUCUGAAUCACAAUGUGUUCAUGCUAAUAACCUAUUGGUUUAAAUGGAGUGAUAGCAGAAUAAAACCAGGGCACCACAGUAAUGGAAAACAGACCCUGAGCUGUGGGACACUUCCGUUUUGAGUUGGCUGUUACAACAGAACAGAUUUUUUGCUAAAUCCCAGUGCUCUCCCUGUGUAUAGACCUGGGACAGCAUGAGGAAUCGACUCUUCCAAGUGGUAUAAAGCUCUAUCCUCUGUGAACCUGCAGUUGAACACACAAGCCCCACUUUAAAAUCAGGCUUUGCAUAGAUUAUUCUCUUGUACAUCACUGUUUAAACCUGUAUAAGGUUUUUAUAUGAACCUCAAUCCUUACAUUCCUUAUCUUGUCUGAGCAGUGAGCUCAUUGAGCUGUGUUCCCUGUCUUGCUGGAGAGAAGUGGAUGUACAAAGAUAUUCUUUACCAAACUGUGGCUGCGAAAGUCAUCUGUGGCAAAAUACUGUUCAAGAUUUCCAAACUCUCUGUCCUUUUUCUCAGGCUGUUUUUCUUAUGUGAGAGAGGGCUAUUCUGAAUGGGCCUGUCAGGAGAACUAUGUUGAUCAAAAUGUCAUCUCAGUGCUUUUCUGUCCCCAAUUACAUCACUGUCCUCCGGCCAUGCAAACCAUUUCCUCAGUGUCGUGUACCUUCUGGGCUUUCUGUCAUGAAGGAAGAUGGCUGCAGUCCUGCUCAUUUGGAGAAGAACCUACGACCUCUACCUUUCAGUCACUGUCAGCACCGAGAGGUGCAGCGGGUACCAGACUUCUUCCUUGUGCCUCCUUGGGAGAGGUACUGAAAUUUCGCAGUGUGACCAGGACAAAUGCUUCCUUUCCUAGGGUGUGUGGAGUCAGAUCUCCUUGGGUUCAUUGCAUUGGUAUGUGGUAUUUAACUGUUGUAUGUGAAUAAUACCAUGUCCACAGUGUGACAGAUGAAACUGUCUUCAAGAGCCAAGGCCUGAAACCUUCCUUACACUGUUAGGAGCGAAUGAAUACUACCAAAUGCAGCCUUGCUGAACUGUCGUGCUGUGGCAGCCCGAUGCUGUGAGGCAGUGCAGCCUGUGUGGUAAGAACACAUCUUGGUCGCGGUGUGAUGCAGAGGCAGUGGCCUAAAGCCACAGCUAGGAAGCCGAACCUCUCUGGAUGAGGUGAUGUGAUGCUGUGUUCCUCUUGCUAUUGCCCUGAAAAAGUUGCCAUGGUCUGGGCAGAGGAGCGACAUGGCUUGUGUUGCUGCCGAGAGGGAGAACUGUAUCCUAGCUGGCUGCACUGAGGCUCCUGCUCCAUAUCAAGAGUUGCUUGUGGCUUUAUGUGGCUGGAUGGUGAGCAUCUAUUCCAGCAAGAGGGCUGCCAGGCUUGCAGCAAAAUGGAGCAAAUAGAGCUGGAGGGGUGGAUGGAGGCAGGAUGUGAAUGAGGAGAACAAACCCAGGUCCUUGUAUGUUCCUGGCGGCUGUUCUUCUUGAGCAUGGUCUCUGCUGCCUUCAUGGGGUGGAAGGUCACCUGAAAGAAUGGGGUGGAAGUUAUCUGAAAGAAGGUAUGAGGCUACGUGGUUGAUGAGAGGAAUGGCUAAGGGAUGCCAAAACAAGAGGAAGGGUGAUAAGAAAGGCUUGCUAUGUCUGUGGUGAAGUGCACUGUUGUGGUGAGAUCCCAGAAAGGUAUUUCAAGCUAGUUUUCCUCUGACUGUAAAGCCUCUACCACUCUACGGUUUGUGGCUUCCCAUCCCAGGUGCAGCGUCAGUAAGUUGCAGUGACCCACCAUCACUGUGUGGGAAUAGAGCGCUUUGAAAUGGGAGAGAUGCUGCAGUUCUGCUCUGAGCGCACGGGUGAGUUAGAGGCUUGCUGGUGGGGCACUGGGAGGAAGAGGACCACGGUAUGUCAGCGUCUGGGCCAAGCACAGCAGAGUGCCUUUGCUGUGUGCUCUCUGCCAAGGGAAGCAAACCGGUUCUUGCUGUGUUCCCUCCCAAGAAGGCUACAGAUCUGAACUUUUCUAUUUCGUAUUGCUGAGUGACACAGGAAUCAGAGUAAUUGGUUUCAGCAAGAGUUCAAGAAAGUAAAGGUUGUGAGACAUCCAAAUAUUUUAAAUUGGUGAGACUGAGUUUUCUUGCACUGUGCGUGAGUUACUGACUUGAGCUCUGGGUUUGCUGCACUGCACCUCUUCUCAUAGGCACACUGUUCUUGCUCUGCAUGGCUGCUUUGGGACCAGCAAUUAUCCUUCCGUAUGUAUGGUGGAUCUCAGCUUUGAUUCUCUGUUGUGCCCAUGCUCACAGGCCAUGUUCAUUGUUAUUUGUGGAAGGAGAGGGGUGAAUCGGUGUGGUGUUGCGUCUGAGGCUGGGGAGAAAAACCUGCUUUUUCUUAAAGAAGAAUCCUUUUUCUCUACAGCCCUGUGUCUUCUACAUUAAAAGUAAAUGACUCGGAAGCACUUCUGUUAGCCUUGAUCUAUUGCUAUGAAUCAAAAUUCCCUCUUAUCCUGUCAAUCCUGUGUGUGCUGUAAAAAGUGAAAAGGAAAUUUCUGCCAUCUUAAAUACUGCGAGAAGUGAUAACCAUUGCAGAAAGUUGUAACACUUGGCAUUGUAUCUGCAUAGUGAUGGUAGUGGCUCUGUAGAAAUCUUAAUUUCUACUUCCUGUGUGGUUGUAGAGUGAUGUUAUUUUUUGGCAACCAAUGAUUCAAAAAAAGUUUAACCUUAUAAAACAGGAUUUAACUUUUGAAAUAAUAAAUAGCAUUAACUGGAUGAUUUAAUGUCACCUACAUGAGAUAAGCAUAAGGAUCUUUCUUUUCAUUGUAAAUUAAUGUAAAAUGUUUCAGACUGUUAUUCUUAAUAAGAGAAAUAAACCAUUGAAUUUUUAGUUGCAUGAAAAUCUUGUCUAAUAUUAUCAGUUUUCUUUGUGAUAAAAAAUAGUUUUGUGACAAAACUAAUGGUUGUGUAGCAGGUUAUUGCACAUCAGAUAGACUUUAUCCUGGGAAUGUCUGCUUACCAUUGCGUUAUUUCAUGUAAUGUAUUACUAGCUUGCAUUUAUACCCAUGAAGAUACAAUUGUUCAUAUAUUUAGUGGUGCACAUAUUUCUGGCUAGAAUAAUACCAGAAUUAUUCUGGUGCUAAUUCUAAUAAUUAUGCUAGAAACUUAUCCUUUAUGAUGAGCUGGAGUCAAUUGGCCUGUUGUAACCAGCUGUAUGAAGACAGAAUAAACUACUUGAAACUCUCCAAAGGAUUUUAUUAUUUUGUAGAUUAAUCUCUUCUCAAACUCCCUUGUUUAAACUUAAAAGUAAUAAAACCUGAACCAAAAUAAGGUUAAAAUCUCUGUU